CCGAUACCACAUGAGUUGUGGCAUUUUGAAACUACGUUGAAAUCGAUGGUAUUCGGUGACGCCACUUGGCCGGCUGAUCAAGGUCGAUCUUCACUCUUCAGUUCACCUAAAAUUGUCAAUGUUCGAAUCGAUCAGAAACGUACUACAAAACACAUCUGCUAGCUGCUCUUUGGUUAUUGGAAUGAUUGGCUCCUUCCCCGCAAGUUGACCAAUGGGUUAGGUCUCUCUCUCUCUCCUUUCCUCGAAUACGUUAAUGGAUGGAAUAAUUCCCCCCCGUUGUUGGGUCGUUGGGAUAUGAAUUAAAUAAGACCGUGAUCUGCAGAAACAAGAAGAAAGUAAUAGUUUACGACCCGAUGAUCUCCAUUCUUCGCCAAUAUAUAUUUGCUUAUUUGUCACUGGCAAGUGGCAACAGCUCUCAGAUCAGUCCUUUGAAACAGGUCCGACUUCAUGGAAAUGCUUUCGAUUCUUGUUAUUGCGUUGAGCAGCUGUGUCCUGCUCCAUUGCCAUGAAGCCGUUGAAGGUUCCCGCUACCCAGAAACUGGGAACUCGGAAUGCCGCAUUCUGGAGCAACAGCAGCCGUAUCUGCCCUCUUUCCACUUCAGACCUCCCCAAAAUUGGCUCAAUGAUCCUAAUGAUGCAUUUGCUUCUGCUGCUGCUGCUGCAGGUCCAAUGUGGUAUAAUGGGAUGUACCAUUUGUUCUAUCAGUACAACCCAGAAGGUCCGUUGUUUGGUGACAAGAUGGUAUGGGCACAUUCAGUUUCCCGUGACAUGAUUCAUUGGGUCGACCUCGAUCUCGCCCUAACCCCAACCGAGCCAUUCGACAUGAAGAGCUGUUGGUCCGGUUCGAUCACCAUUCUUCCGGGGAACAUACCCAUGAUUCUGUACACCGGCAUUGAUUCCAAUGGUGUUCAGGUUCAGAACCUGGCAUUCCCCAAGAACCUCUCCGACCCGCUCCUGGAGCAAUGGGAGAAAUCGACACGAAAUCCCAUCAUGACCCCUCCCCAGGGCGUUCCAGGGGACUUCUUUAGAGAUCCAACCACUGCUUGGCGGGAUCCUGGUCCUGAUGGGAAGUGGAAUGUGAUUGUUGGUGGCCUGAUAAAAAAUGAAGGGAUGGCAAUACUGUAUCAGAGUGAGGAUUUUGUUAGCUGGACAAAAGUUGAGCACCCACUCUAUUCAUCCCCGGGGACUGGGAUGUGGGAAUGUCCUGAUUUUUUCCCUGUGUCUCUUAAUAGUAGCAACGGGGUUGAUACGUCGGUUGUAGAUCCCAGCGUUAAGCAUGUGUUGAAGAUCAGCUCGUUCAGUAAUGUGCAUGAUUACUAUGUGUUAGGCUCGUAUGCUCCUAAAACUAGUAAAUAUGUUCCAGACAAUGAAUACACAGGUAGUAGUACAGAUUUGAGGUAUGACUAUGGGAAGUUUUAUGCUUCAAAGACUUUCUUUGAUCAACCAAAGAGCAGGAGAAUCCUAUGGGGAUGGGCGAAUGAGUCCGACACCAUGGAAGAUGACCUUGCCAAGGGAUGGGCUGGAGUUCAGGCAAUACCAAGGGAAAUAUGGCUUCACAGUAGUGGAAAGCAACUAGUCCAGUGGCCAGUCGAAGAAUUGAACAAAUUACGCGGCCAACAUGUACAAGUCUUGGAUGAAAAGCUGCAUAGUGGAUCAGUAUUUGAAGUUGAAGGCAUCACUGCUUCACAGGCAGAUAUAGAGAUUGAGUUUGAAUUGCACAGCCUAGAAGAGUCAGCUGAGGUCUUGGAUACUACUGGGACCGAUCCCCAACAACUUUGUAGUGACUCAAAUGCAUCGGUUAGAGGCGGAGUUGGUCCAUUUGGGUUGCUGGCUUUAGCAACAAAGGAACUGACUGAGCACACUGCAAUCUUCUUUAUGAUAUUCAAAGGCAGUAAUGGAUUCGUGGUGCUCAUGUGCAGUGAUCAAAGAAGGUCUUCUCUGAGGGACGGUUUGGACAAAACCCCUUACGGAGCUUUUCUGGACAUUGAUCCUCAACACGAAAAGAUUGCAUUGCGAACACUGAUUGAUCACUCUAUUGUUGAGAGCUUUGGUGGGGGAGGGAAGACUUGUAUCAGCAGCAGGGUGUAUCCUAAGCUGGCCAUUAACUCAGAAGCUCGACUCUUUGUGUUCAACAAUGGGACACUAGAUGUAGCAAUCUCAAGCUUGAAUGCUUGGAGCAUGAACACUGCCCAAAAGAAUCGGCCCACACAGAGUUACGCGCUGCUGGACUGAUGAUCGCAAUACGCAUCAAAUCGUGGGAGCUGGGAAACCUCCAGUAAUAUCCAUCAGCAUUUGCCACUUUGAGUUCAUAACAUAAAGGAAAUUGUUGAUGUCAAAUUUGAUGAUUGUUGUAAGGGAUUUAUGAGUGUCUACAUACUUGCUGGUUGGAAGGGAUCUAUUCAUUCCAAGUCUAGACACAUUUUCAUUGUCUCUGCAUGGGAAAGUGCAAUAAUGAUGCUCCACCAUAACCUCCAUUUGCUGUUACCUGAAUCCAGAAUGAACAAAAGGGAUCUGAAUGCAUCAGAAGAAGCACGACCGAAUUGAAUAUUCUCUUCCUUAACCCUAAUUUCCUCCUAAGCCACAUUCAUUCAUCACUCUAUAAAUAAUGAUGCUCCAUCUUCUCCUCCUCAACCCUAACGCAAUC